AGCCUUCAGCGUUAUAUGGGUGGUAUUGCGUGCGGUCUGGUGUUAAUACACUUACCUGAACCCGAGACGAGACUGUUGUCACCAUGUCUAAACCACUGUCAGACCACGACAGGAAAAAGCAGAUUUCUGUGAGGGGGCUCGCCGGUGUGGAGAAUGUGGCAGACCUAAAGAAAAACUUUAAUCGCCAUCUGCAUUUCACGCUGGUAAAGGACAGGAACGUAUCCACCAAACGGGAUUAUUACUUUGCGCUCGCGCACACAGUCAGAGACCACUUGGUAGGCAGAUGGAUCAGAACACAGCAGAGUUAUUACGAGAAAGACCCCAAACGUGUUUAUUACAUCUCCCUGGAGUUCUACAUGGGCCGUACCUUGCAGAACACUAUGGUGAACCUGGCACUUGAGAACGCUUGUGAUGAAGCCGUAUAUCAGCUGGGUCUGGAUAUGGAGGAGCUGCAAGAGAUGGAGGAAGAUGCUGGACUGGGAAAUGGAGGCCUUGGUCGUCUUGCUGCUUGCUUCCUGGACUCUAUGGCUUCUCUUGGUCUGGCUGCCUACGGUUACGGCAUCCGCUAUGAGUUUGGGAUCUUCAACCAGAAAAUCUCCAAUGGCUGGCAGGUGGAAGAGGCAGAUGACUGGCUCCGCUAUGGUAACCCAUGGGAGAAAGCGCGUCCAGAAUAUAUGCGCCCUGUCCACUUUUAUGGUAGGACGGAGCAUCACCCAGAUGGAGUGAAAUGGGUGGAUACUCAGGUUGUCUUAGCUUUGCCUUAUGACACCCCUGUACCCGGAUACAGAAACAACAUCGUAAACACCAUGAGGCUGUGGUCUGCCAAGGCUCCUUGCGAUUUCAACCUGAAAGACUUUAAUGUCGGUGGCUACAUUCAGGCCGUGCUGGACAGGAACCUGGCGGAGAACAUCUCUCGUGUGCUCUACCCCAAUGACAACUUUUUUGAGGGUAAGGAGCUCAGAUUGAAGCAGGAGUACUUUGUAGUGGCUGCGACUCUGCAAGACAUCAUCCGCCGCUUCAAGGCCUCCAAGUUCGGCUCCAGGGAUAUCGUGCGCACAGACUUCAGCACUCUGCCUGACAAGGUGGCCAUUCAGCUGAAUGACACUCACCCUGCCUUAGCCAUCCCUGAGCUGAUGAGAGUGCUGGUUGAUGAAGAGAAACUACUGUGGGAGAAGGCAUGGGACAUCUGUAACAGGACCUGCGCUUACACCAAUCACACUGUGCUGCCUGAGGCUCUGGAACGCUGGCCUAUCGACCUCUUCCAGACCCUGUUACCACGCCAUCUCGAGAUCAUCUAUGAAAUCAAUCGCCGCCACAUGGAGCGUGUGUCCUCUCUUUACCCUGGUGAUGUGGACCGCAUGCGCCGCAUGUCUCUCAUCGAGGAGGGCGGACAGAAGAGAGUCAACAUGGCUCACCUGUGCAUCGUCGGCUCUCAUGCAGUCAACGGUGUGGCACGAAUCCACUCGGACAUCCUCAAAGCUACCGUAUUCAAAGACUUCUAUGAGAUGGACCCACACAAGUUCCAGAACAAAACCAAUGGUAUCACCCCUCGCCGUUGGUUGGUGAUGUGCAACCCUGGUCUGGCUGAGGUCAUUGCAGAGAGAAUCGGAGAGGACUUCAUCCGUGACCUGGAUCAGCUGAAAAGGCUUCAUGAUUUUGUCAAUGAUGAGGCUUUCAUUCGAGAUAUCGCUAAAGUUAAACAGGAGAACAAACUGAAGUUUGCUGUGCACCUCGAAGAGCACUACAAAGUAAAGAUCAACCCCAACUCAAUGUUUGAUGUUCAGGUGAAAAGAAUCCAUGAAUAUAAGAGGCAGCUGCUCAACUGUCUGCACAUUAUCACUUUCUACAACCGCAUCAAAAAAGAGCCCAACAAGAAGUGGACCCCAAGAACAAUUAUGAUUGGAGGAAAGGCUGCUCCAGGCUACCACACAGCUAAAAUGAUCAUUCGUCUCAUCACAGCUAUUGGUGAGGUGGUCAACAACGAUCCAAUAGUGGGCGACCGCCUAAAAGUCAUUUUCCUAGAGAACUACAGAGUCACCCUUGCUGAAAAAGCGAUCCCUGCGGCUGACCUGUCCGAGCAGAUCUCCACAGCUGGCACAGAAGCUUCUGGAACGGGCAACAUGAAGUUCAUGCUGAAUGGAGCGCUGACCAUCGGCACCAUGGACGGAGCCAAUGUGGAGAUGGCAGAGGAAGCAGGAGACGGCAACCUCUUCAUCUUCGGCAUGAGAGUGGAGGAUGUCGAUGCUAUGGAUGCUAAAGGAUACAAUGCGUCAGAGUACUACAAUCGUAUUCCAGAGCUGAAGCAGGCCAUUGAUCAGAUCGCAGGAGGUUUCUUCAGCCCAAAACAGCCUGACCUCUUCAAGGAUAUCGUCAGCAUGCUGAUGCACAACGAUAGGUACAAGGUGUUUGCUGACUAUGAAGACUACAUCAAAUGCCAAGAAAAAGUCAGUGCUUUGUAUAUGAACCCUAAGGAAUGGACCAAGAAGGUGAUCAUGAACAUCGCCGGUUCAGGCAAGUUCUCCAGCGACCGCACCAUCUCCGAGUACGCCCGUGAGAUCUGGGGCGUAGAGCCCAGUCUGGAGAAGCUUGCUGCGCCCGAUGACCCAAAAUAAACCUCCACCCGCCCAUCUCGAACCAAGAGCAACCUGUAUGAUCCAGCAACACUAGAGUCUUCCUCUUCAAGAAUCCAGCUAUGCCUGUCUUGCUCUGUCUUACUAUGGCAACUCCAACAUGAUCUGUUAAUUUUCAAUCGUAAACGUUCUGCCUCAUUCACUUCACAAACAAUCAAUAACUCCGACAAACUCAGUUUUCAACGCGUAACUUCUUAUAUCAGCAUUAUUCAGCAAAAAUUGGGGCUGCUUUCCCAAAAGCACCAGAAGCCUAAAUAGAUUGUGGAAACUAUUGGUCUAUGAUUUAUAUAGGCUUAAGAUGCUUUUGGGAAACGCUCUGAAUCGCAUUUUCAGAAGAAGAUCCCAGAAGGUUCUUGAUGUUAUAUUUGGGUUUUGAAUCAACCCAACCCUUUCCCUUUCUGAAAAGUUCAAGUAUGGAGGGCUAAAUCUGCAAAAAUUAAAAAUAAAUAUAGAUAGAUAAAUAAAUACAUCAAUAAAUAAAUAAAUGUAAUGUAAUAACAGGAAAAUAAAUAAAUGAGGCUUGUGUUCAUUUUGUAAUCACAGAGAAAAGUCAAACUCCCAAAAGAAUAAAUACAUCAAUAAAUAGAUAAAAUAAAUACAAAAAUGAAUAAGUGAGUAAGGAAAUAAAAGUAAAAAAA